AUGGACUAUUUCUCUGCUACUAAUAACUCUAGCUCAGAUGUUUCUAACUCCAACUCUUCUUCAGCUACCAAACACAACGGCACCGGAGAGAAGAUCAAGGGUGGUGUGAAGAGCAAAAGCAAAGGAGUGAGGCUUUCCACAGACCCGCAGAGUGUGGCGGCCAGAGAGAGGAGGCAUAGGAUCAGUGACCGGUUCAAGAUCUUGCAGAGCUUGGUUCCUGGUGGGACCAAAAUGGACACGGUGUCCAUGUUAGAGGAAGCUAUCCACUAUGUGAAGUUCCUCAAGGCCCAGAUAUGGCUUCACCAGAGCAUGAUCAACUUUGUGGACGAUGAUGAUCGUCUUCAUCAUGACCGUUCAUCAUCCUCAUCAUCCUCAUCUAUGUUCCAGUACCAGCUUCCAGCUGAUCAUCAUCUUCAUCAUCCAACUGGGUCCCAUGAUUUCUACUCUCAGAACAAUUUCGUGCAACCACCUUCACCAUCUAUGAAUAUUCCAUUGCCUGACCCUAAUUACUUCCAAGGUCAAGAAGCCAUGCCCAAUAUUGAAGCCUACAUGAAAUAUUAUAGCUAG